AUGCAUCGCUCAAACAUCUUCAGGGCCUGUCGAAAACAACUCGCCGUCCCCGAACUCAACGACUGGGGUACAUGGGAUGAGCAUGCUGAACUCUCUGUGUCUACCCGCAUCGACGAUCUUACAGUCCCGCAGUGUAUGGACGUGUUCGACAUGCUCCAAGCUGCGAUGAAAGCGAGUGGUCAGCCAAACCCUAUCCCUACUGACGCUCAGAUGGAGAGCUUUCUGAAGCUUGUCCUCGGUUACGAUAAAUAUGCUCUCGCGCGGGAGAUGGAAUCUCAAGUGGGGAAACAAAACUUCAAUCCUGAAUUCAAGAGCUUAGUUGGAGUCUCCAAGAGCACCAAAGUAUACGGGCAUCUUGAUCUGGCCCAAGGCCACGAAAUGCGAUAUUCCCUCCGUGUCUCCGAGGAGCAAGAUAACUGGCACGCCCCGAAUGACUGGCACCCACCGAAUCUAGCCCCAAGCAGUGUUGAGUUCACCUGCAAGGAGCCUACCCAGUGGAUGUCGGAGCUCAACGAAGAAGCAAGACUCGAGACGUUCAAGUACAUCUGCAAUUCCAACUUGCUAGUCGCCAUUCAAGCUGCUCGAUGGUUCAUCAACAUCCGCCUCUUUUGCAAGGAGCCCUACGUUCGCCCGGUGAACCACUAUCUGUCCCUGGCCGGAGCAAAAGCUCAUUCGUUCAUUCACCUCCCCAAUUUCUUCCAGGAUCACCCCUAUCUCGACAUGAUAUGUGUGGAAAGGCCCCGAACUGUGUUUGAUGAGCUUUCGCCCGGCUCUGAGAUGCUUGCCGAAAUGAUGCAAAAGCUAAAGUGCAAGACUGGGAAGACUAAGUCUACUGUUCCUGACAAUGGCUGGAACGCAUAUGGCGGCUGGGGGGCCAUUGAGAACGGCUGUCGCGGCUGGGGGGCGAAUCCCGAAGGGCAAGAGGAAGAGUAUUCCUACGAGGAGGGUGAGGCUCCCUGCACGGAGGAAGAGGGUGCCUACGAGGACGGAGCAUAUGAGUACGAAGACGAAGGAUUCGACUAUAAUGAUGAAGGGUGGGACUACGAGGGUCAGGAGAUCUAA